AUGGUAGAGGGUGCCGUGAUGGCCAAUGAAAAAGGAGAAAUAAUUUUGUUUAAUGAAGCAGCUCAGAAAAUGUUUGGCAAGAACAUUACAGAUGUUCUUGGAUUGAAAUUCUUUUCACUGUUCGAUCAGUCCUCGGAGAACUACUUGAAAAAGGUCACAGAACAUUGCAUAUCAAAGGUGGACACUGACGAAAAGCAUGGAGAAAUUAUUGAACUCGACUGUGUACGAAAGAACCAAACAAAAUUCCCUGGACUUGUGAAUCUUUCUGUCACACGAAAUGGAGAGGGCUCUAUUGUGAUUACAUGUUUUGUAAAAGAUAUUUCUAUGGAAAAGAAACAAAAUAGUUUACUCGCUGAGGAGAAACAGAACAGUGACAAACUUUUGAAAAAUAUUCUCCCAGAGGCAGUGGCAGCUAAAUUGAAAAGUGGUGAAACCUUUAUUGCAGAAAAAUUCAGUGACAUUACAUGCUUUUUCAGUGACAUGGUAAAUUUCACAAAAAUGAGCUCUGGACUGAAUCCAUCUGAGAUUGUAUUAAUGCUUAAUACUAUUGUGAAUGGAUUUGAUGAUCUUACUGACAAGUAUCAGCUUGAAAAGAUCAAGACCAUUGGAGAUGCCUAUUUUUGUGUGGGAGGACUUCAUAACAAUUCACAAUCGGACCAUCCAGAGAGAGUAUUGCGAUUUGCCAUUGAUACAUUUCUUGUGAUUCGUUCAUACAAUUUGGAGAAUAUGGAGAGACAAGUGAACAUUCGUGUAGGUAUUAACACUGGAGGAGUGGUUGCUGGUGUUAUUGGUCGAAAGAAAUUUGCCUAUGAUUUGUGGGGAGAUACCAUUAAUACUGCCUCGCGCAUGGAGUCGAAUUCUCUACCUGGAAGAAUUCAAAUUUCUCGAUCUACCUAUGAAAGAGUGUAUGAUCUAGAAUUGGAGUUCGAAGAGAGAAAAAUCGAAGUGAAAGGAAAAGGUCUCAUCAACACUUAUUUGUUGAAAGAGAAAUAUCAUGUCCAAACCCUUGUUCAACCUGUUGAGACUGUCAUCACUCAAAAUGCUCCAUCUGAACAAUAA